UAGCAGCCAGAAAUAAUCUCGAAAUUUAGAAUCAAAUGGAAUCUCUCCAUCUCCAUAUAAUAAUUGGUGGCCUCAGAGUCCCUCAAAUAUUCAAUAACAUCCCCAAAAAUCCAUACUUGGAUAUCAUUUCUUUCUGUCAAGACCCUGUUUGGUUGCCGGGAAAAUUGAGGAGCAGAACAGAUAAAGCAGAAAGCUUUCUUUCCCAGGUUAUUGCUUUGUCAUGGUCCAAGUACUGCAACCAUGCUGAUGGUGUAUGCUGUAGGAGCUAUUACAUGCUUAGACUCUAAUAUACAACUGCAUGAGGCAUUGCCCUGCAAGACUACCCAUGUGAAUUUCUUGAACAAAAUUUCAAUUUGUCUUAGCUCAAGUGGAGCUCCUUGUAAUUCUAUACUCUCUGCCUCCUGCUUUUCUUGGAGAAACCGUGUUCAGCUAAACAGCCCCAAGAAAUGGCUUUGCAGGAUGCAUGAUUCGAGUUCAUCAGAUGAUGAUGAGUAUCGAUCCUCACGCAACAUAGCAAUCAGUUUGUUUAGGCGGUACAGGAAUGUGGUUGACCGUGGAGGAGGUGCCAACCUAAAAGAGUUCAUCAGUGCUGGGGUGAAUGCAUAUGCGCUGGGGUGCACAGAUGAGGGGUUAAGGAAAGAACUUGUUGAUAUGAAAGAAUCUGGUGUUGAAAUUGAAGGAAUGCAAAGCUAUGGUGGAACCACCAGUUUGAAAUCCAAGAUUGCAUCAGAGGAGGUUGAGGAGUGCAUUCUGUGGUUGAGCAUUAUAUUCAUCACCAUCCUCUGUACACCACAGCCAACAAUAGUUAGGUGGUCAUCCACACCUCCAGUGUCAGAUGAAGAAAGGCUUAAGUGGAAAGGUUUUUGUGCACUCAUAGCAAAUGCGUAUUACGUGAGAGGAAUGGCAUGGCUUCCGGUAAAGACGCUUCAACUAGAGCAAAUGGCAGUGGUUGGACAUGCUGAGGAACCUUCAGUUGUUGCAAGUCGAAUGCGAUUAGUUUUUAGCACACUUGAGGUUGUGAGUCCACAGUGGCCUAGAGUAUAGUGCUUCAAUUUCAAGAACAGAUGUCAUGCUGGCCUUACUAUGAAAUUUCCAGUAUGUAAAUCAAUGUAGCCUAAACAUUCUUCUAUUUAGAAAGGAAAGGGGGGGAAAUACUUUAGCCUGAUAUUGGAAAUUGUUUAUAAAUGUGAAGAAUGUCACUGUUUGUUCAGGUUAUUUAUCACAUGCUCUUCCAAGGGUUAGACAAAUUAGUU